GAGGUAGCGGGCAGCAGAGAGCCUGUCCAGUGGAAGAAGGAGCCGGCGGUCCCUUGCCUGGGUCAGAAGUUGACCGGGUGUUUGUUCUUUGCGGUGAGAGAAGCCCGCGGGCGAGCGCUGCGCGGGCAGCUCCCCCAGCCGGCGACGGCAGCGGAACGAGGCCGCCGCGUUCGGGGCCCCUGGGUGUGCGGACAGAGGGGAGCCGGCCCGGGGUGGGGGGUGUUCCCCCGGGCCUGGGGCAAAUAGCCGCCAGGCGGAGGAGCCCAGAUCCCGUCCCUCCUUUUGUUAGGUGAGGAGCCUCCAGCUAACGCGUCCACAAAGGCUUUGCUAAGAAGCGGCUGGACUGUGCAACACUCGGCGGCAGUCUCGGUGGGUACAGGAGGCUUGAACCUGGGUCCUUGUUUAUGGUGACCUGUGCGCUCAACCAUUGGUGCAGGAAUGGAUGGGAAGAAAUGCAGCGUGUGGAUGUUUUUACCUCUUGUCUUUACUUUGUUUACUUCAGCUGGAUUAUGGAUAGUAUACUUUAUAGCUGUGGAAGAUGACAAGAUUUUCCCAUUAAAUUCAGCUGAAAGGAAACCUGGUGUCAAGCAUGCACCAUAUAUAAGUAUUGCAGGUGAUGACCCUCCUGCCAGCUGUGUGUUUAGUCAAGUUAUGAACAUGGCAGCAUUUCUAGCUCUUGUGGUAGCUGUUCUGCGUUUCAUACAACUGAAACCUAAGGUCUUAAAUCCGUGGCUGAAUAUUAGUGGAUUGGUAUCGUUGUGCCUGGCUUCCUUUGGGAUGACCUUACUUGGUAAUUUUCAGCUCACAAAUGAUGAGGAGAUCCACAAUGUCGGCACAUCCUUGACCUUUGGGUUUGGCACACUGACCUGCUGGAUCCAGGCUGCACUGACACUCAAAGUCAACAUCAAGAAUGAAGGUCGUAAAGUUGGGAUUCCACGAGUUAUUCUCUCAGCAUUCAUCACUCUCUGUGUGGUCCUUUACUUCAUCCUCAUGGCCCAAGGCAUCCACAUGUAUGCAGCCCGGGUCCAGUGGGGCCUGGUCAUGUGCUUCCUGUCCUACUUUGGCACCUUUGCGGUGGAAUUCCGGCAUUACCGUUAUGAGAUUGUGUGCUCCGAGUACCAAGAAAACUUCCUCAGCUUUUCAGAAAGCCUUUCUGAAGCUUCUGAAUAUCAGACUGACCAGGUGUAACCUGUCAAUAUUUCCUUGCUGUGAAGUGGGUUUAAGUGGCAGGACACACUCGCAGGAUUCGUCACAUACCUUCAUGACACGUUUUGCACACACAUUUUCACAGCCAUGUUUGCCAAACGAGCUUUUCAGGGCAAGUGAUUUCUUCAUGGAAGAAGUGCAAGCCCUUAUGUGUCCAAACACAUGCUGUUACACUGAAAAUGUUGCACGACAGAGCAAGAAACUUGUGCAUGGCCACUUCCUCCCCUCUCUUACCCAGCCUUCCUGCUCUUCUCACACUCUUCAUCCUCUCUACGUGUUUCAGACAUGGUGGUCUCCCUGCCAUGGAGUAGUAGGGCAGGCCUAGUGAAACAUGGGAAUAUUGCCAACUCCCAAAGUUGCCUUCAGAUCCAAAGGGCUUAGAACCAACUUCUGAAGAAGUUCCAACUCUGGCACCACUAUGCUUGGAUGGAUGGAAUAUUAUCUGUCAGGACAGAAACUGUUCAGAAAUAUGGCCUUGUGUCACCUACAAUAACACAUGGGAAUAUUCUGUCCUUGGAAUAUUCUCAUAAAAAGGUUCUGCCAUUGUUCACUGGUUGGCUGUGUAUGCUAAAAACUUGACAGUGAAGCCGGAUCUGGGCUUAAUAUACUAUGACCAAGAAAUAGUUCCAACUGUGAAUCUGAAGGAACAAGAUGAGGGGCAGUGAGGGCAUGGUUUCAUUUUUGCAUCCAUUGAAUGCUCUGUAGUUUUUGUUUUUUAUGUCAUGCCCCCCCCCCCCUUUUAAAGCAGCUACUUGUGGGUCUCUCUAGGGCUCAUGGACAAAAACAGAGACCAAAUCCAAGUGCUGAGCUUCAACCAUAAUAAAAGAAAAAAAAAAAAAAAAGGUUCCCCGCAGGCUUAAUUUGCUACUCUUAUGUUUGAAGCUAAGAAAAUGUACACAGAAAGCACAAAGAAUUAUUUGUAAAAGUAAUAAAAAAUAGCUCCUGUUGGACAGUUGUGAAAGACAAGGAUUUUAAAUCAUCUUGUAACAAAGUCAAAAGUUUCAAUGAAGACUUUAAUAUGUAUCUAUCAUUUAAGUUCAGUACUUUUUUUGAAUUAAGAUUUUCAUACUUAGAGUUUGUAGAAGCUAAUUAAAAGACUGUCCUCCAUUUCCCCCCAUAAAUGGGCACAGCUGGUUACCUGCUGCCCAGCAAAUAGUUCCCACAUGCAAAGGGUUUAGGAUUCAGUGGCAAGCCUGGGCUUUUUAAUUUUUUUAAGUCUGUGCUUCAUAAAAAGCAGGAUUCUGAAAUGAAAGUUGUUGGAGUGGGCAAAGUUACCUUCCAUGGAUGCAUUCUGUUUCCAUAAUCCUCAAAUUAGUUUCCUAGGGGUCUGAGAUUUCAUGGAAUAUAAUGUGAAAAAAUAAAGAUUCUUCUUUGUUUUUUUAGUUUAAAGUCUGAGAUUUGUGAGGAUGGGUUAUAGACUGUAUAGAGCCUGGCACAUACCAGUUCUUCAACAAUGUCUGUGGAAUAGAGUAUCAGAGAAAGACUCGAUUAUGAGUGAGAGAGUAGAAGGAUACACUAGAGGAAUGAGAAUACUGAUAUGGGAGAAGCCAAAUGUCAGGAAAAAGGCACUUACUUAAAAUACAUCUUACUACCAUUAAUCCCAUUAAAAAAAAAAGAUAUUUUACUGUAAGUCCAUGGUGGCAUUUUAUUAUUUUUGAAUAUGCUUUUGGAUUUUCUUUUUCAUUUUUAUAUUGAAAUUUUUUAAGAGAACAAGAAUUUAUGAAGUCUUUUACUUGGCACAGUCCAAAACGAAACAGCUUCUGGUGAGGCACUGUAUACUUUAAGAGUCUUAGAGCACAUUUUAACAGAAUCAAGCAAUGACUGGAAUUACUCACUGGGAUUUGACCACUCAAUAAAAUCCUUUUAUGCAGAA